AAAUAUAUAAGAAAUCUAGGCGACUUUAGGCUACUUGUGAUUGAGUUUUUGGCUAAUUCCGGUCUAUUUUAUCUGGCAACAUUGGUCAUCACUGCAUUAUUAGUAAUCAGUACGAGUACCUAUGAAUAAAGACGUUUUGAUAAAGAUGGAAGCAGAGAAAAAAUAUCCGUUAGAAAUCAAAGAUGUGCCUCCAGAGGAACAGGCUGAGGUCCAUAAAUAUUUAACUAAUGCGAAACCUGAUUAUAUUCGUAUGGGCUCCACUGGCUACUUCUUUCCAGAUGGACUUAAAGAAAUUUGUAAUAAAAUAUACAAUAUGGAGGUGAGACCCAACGAUGUAUUCGUAGUCACCUUCCCAAAAUCUGGCACAACGUGGGUUCAAGAGCUAGUUUGGUUGAUAGGAAAUGAUUUGGAUUACAAAACUGCAUCGAACGUGCAGCUCUUUCAAAGAUUUCCUUUCUUAGAGUUUACAAUGGUUUUACGCAGUCCAAAAAUAAAUAAGUGGCUUGGAGAAAGAGUGGAAACAGAUCCUAAGUUGAGACCUUUUUACGAAAGUUUUACACGCAAUUCAAGAAGUGACGCUACAAUAUUCAAAGCACCUUCGCCUCGCUUCAUCAAGUCUCACCUGCCAUUCUCCCUACUGCCGCCCACAUUGCUGGACACUGCGAAAGUGGUGUACGUAGCAAGAGACCCAAGAGAUGCCGCUGUCUCCUAUUAUCACCAUUGCAGAAUGAUGUUGCUCCAUGGUUUUGGUGGUGAUUUUAGAGCAUUCUGGAAUCUGUUCAUUAACAAUAAAGUUGACUACACACCGUAUGAAGCACAUAUCAAAGAAGCUUGGGAGAAAAGACACCAUCCCAAUAUGCUGUUUCUGUUCUAUGAAGAACUGUCUAAGGAUUUGCCGGCGGCAGUGCGUCGUGUAUCGCAGUUCCUCAACAAGCCGGUAACGGAGGAGCAAGUUAUGCGACUCUGUGACCACUUGCACUUCGAUAACUUCAGAAAAAAUAUGUCGGUCAACAUGGAUAUAUUCAAACAUAUCGGCUUAAUAAACAAAGAUGACCAUUUCAUUAGGAAAGGCAAGGCGGGCGGAUGGCGAGACUACUUCGACGAGGAGAUGACGCAGCAGGCUGAGCGUUGGAUGAAGGAGAAACUGGGAGACACUGUACAGUUCCCAAUUUGUAAAAUUUAAUUCGAUUGUCAUAAUAUUUAUCAAAAUGAUUUCAAAAGCACAUCCAAUGUAAUAUGAGAAAAUCGAAAAUUACUUUUUACGAAAUAUUGUUUCAAAUGUAUCUAGUCUAAGUAAGAUGUUAAUUAUAUGUACAUUAUGUUAUAUUAAACUUGAACAAUUUUUAAAUUAAUCUACCAAUUACCUACUGCUCGUAUCAGAUUAGCGUCCCCUGGUGUCAAUAGUUUCUAGAUUGCUUUAAUUACACGUAAAGCUGUCUUCUAAUGAGUUUACUAAAAGAUGAUUUUAAGUGCCUUCCGAAGUGUUCCAAAAAUUAUAAGAUUUGUUUUGGGAUUCUUUUUAAUUUUUAUAUGUUUAUCUUUUUAAAUACAUAUUAUGAAGUAAUUCAUGUGUUUCAUAAAUUUAUUGUACUUUUUUAUAUAAAAUAUAUAGGCGUUUCUUAUAUGCCUAAUUGUCAUUAUUGAGUUUUUCCUUAGUUUGAUCAUACUUGCGGUUAAAAACAUGAAAGCAUUAUUAAAGUAAGUUUGUUUAUGAAA